AUGAGUAUGCCCAAACGCAACAACAAAUCAUCACUGCUCAGCCGCCUGAGGAGGGCAGUGAAGAAAGUGGGCUUCCUGCUCAACUUUGGCAUCCAUAGAUGGCAUGUCGCCUCCAUGCUCCGCACUUCUUCCGAAACAAGAAGAUUCAGCUUCAAUGACAGGCCUGGCUUGAGGGGUUGCACUGAAGAUACCGACUCAGAAGAUCAGCCCGGUUCGUCGCGGGGGAUUCAGAGGACGAUCAGCGGCCCAUGCGAAGAGGAUGUUGAUAAGAGAGCUGAAGUUUUCAUAGCGAAUUUCUAUCGACAACUCCAGAUGGAGAGACAGGUUUCAUUGGAGCUCAGGUACUGCAAGGGCAACAGCUUUGAGUCAACAACAACGUCCCCAUGA